AUGCCACUGGCUCACGACGCGCCUUCUCAAGGACGAGCGCAUGCUCAAGAGGUUUGUAUUGCGGUAGAAGUCGACGACACCUCGACUCACAUAUACACAGGCGCACUGCCCGUCUACCUCGAGUCCUCCAAGCCCGAACUUGCCACACUGCUCGCUACGCUGAACUCGAAAAUACUACUCCCCCGCCACCUCACCAAGGAGCAACAGAAACUCGUCUAUAAACAAGACCAGAAGGCAAAACUCGAAGCCGAGCCAAUCGAGAUCACACUCGGCGACGUCACGCUGCCGCUCGAGCACAUCGACAGAAAUCACCUCCCGACGCGCCAGAAGACCAUCGCAGACAUCCUCAAAUUGAGCGAGGAGGGCGCGUCCCGCGAGGACUGGGAGAAUGUGGUGCGCAUGCUGGAGGGAUUUGAGAACGCGGGCAUCAGGCUCGAUACGGCCAAACAGGCGAUGGUGAUACGGAAGCUGUUCCAAAACGGCCAGGAACAUCUCGUGCUGAAGGCGUUGCAGCGCCCCAAAGCCACGGGUCUGCGCAUGCGCGACUGGCGACCGCUGUUCCAGAUCUUGCGCGGUGUAUUUGACCAGCCAGCCUUGGCGGAUUGGGAACAGGUAGAGACGGAAAAUGCGCUGCGGCUCGCGAAGCAAAUCGUCGAGCUACUGGAGGAUGAGGAGCACUGUGGCGCGUACCCAAUCGGCGAGGAAGUUUCAAAACACGACUUCAGAGGGAGGCCUGGUGUCAUAGCGGUGCCGACUGCACUCGCUGCCGCACUUGCUCUGCGGCAUGAGGGCGAUGUCGAGGAAGUCAAGAAGCUGGCGGGACGAUUGGUGGUUGCUAUGAAGCAGCAUGAUCCUUACAACGCAUUCAUUGACGAUGCUGCCGUGAAAUUUGCCGCUACGGAAUCUGAUUUCAAUAAGACAUGGCUUCACGUCCGCCACGCUACUUCCGCUAUCAACACUCUCCAAGAAAUCAUCUGGGUAUCCAGUGCGCUCAGGACGUCACUGAAAGUUCUUGGAGACAAUAUUCCGCAUGCGGAGGAGGCGAGGCAGUUUGAGAGCAAGGCCACCAAGACGGUGGACGAGGGAUGUGAGAUGGUGAAGAGGUUGAAGACGCGGAAUGGGAAAGUUGUGCUAGGGAGCAUGGCGGAUCACGCGUUGACCAUGGCAGAUAAGGCGAGGGCCCUGGCCUGA